UCUUCUAUUGAUUCUGUGUUUAGCCAUAGCAGAUGCAUUAGAUAGUUACUACAAGUAUAAAGACCCAAAACAACCCAUAAAUGUUCGAAUAAAUGACUUACUGAAGCGUAUGACUAUGGAGGAAAAGAUUGGGCAAAUGACACAAAUUGACAGAAAUGUUGCUUCCAAUGAGGUCAUGAAGAAGUACUUUAUUGGUAGUGUAUUGAGUGGAGGAGGAAGUGUUCCUUCUAAGAAAGCUUCACCAGAAGCUUGGAUUGACAUGGUUAAUGAUUUUCAAAAGGGAGCUUUAUCUACAUGUCUUUUCAUUCCAAUGAUUUAUAGAGUUGAUGCUGUUCAUGGCCAUAACAAUGUCUACAAAGCCACCUUCUCCUUGAUUUAUUUACUAUAUGGCUUAUUUGUUUUCCAAUUAUGGUAGAAUUAGAGGUCGAGAGAGGUUGCCGAAGUU